UCCAAAAAUUAUGUUGCUGCUGGAGCAAUUUAACCAUUAAAUGACCUAUUUACCUCUCCCACUGAUUCCCAAGUGACCUGCAAAAGGGUAUAUGUUUUUGUCAAAUCCUCUGUUCUGAACUGUUGUUUGUUCCUUUGCUCCAUUUUCAUCAUCACUAGCUCUUCUUCCAAGAAGGUUGUAUACUAUUGCCAUUGAUCUUGGUCUAGAAUAAUCAAAUCGAUCGAUAUUCAACUUUAUUCAUUCACAGUCACGUGCUUCUCGCUCAUACUUCACCUCUAAUUUUUCCACUAUUAUCUACCAUCUCCGGAUCUGGUUGGGUUCGAUUGUAAAUUGAAAAAAGAAGAAAUUGUUAAUAGGGUUUUGAGAGGAGGAUACUUGAGAUAAAAACCCUAAAUUUCUUCAAGUUCCUCGUUUCCUCCGUUGAAAAUGGUUCAACUGUUUUAUUAGCUGACUGAAGCUAGAUGAAGAGGAAGGUUCAUUCACAUAAAUUUCUUCAAAAAUGGACAAAAUUACUCUUUCUAUUGUUACUAUUAGUUCUUUGCUUUGGGAGUGUUGCUUUACUGGAGAAGCAUCUUAGCCAAAUUAAAAAUUUUGCUUCAUUUUCUCCACCGGCUGUUUUAAGGCCUAAACUAGCUUUCCUGUUCAUAGCUCGGAAUCGUCUUCCAUUGGAUAUAGUCUGGGAUGCUUUCUUUCAGGGUGAUGAUAAGAACAGAUUUUCAAUAUUUGUUCACUCGAGGCCCGGGUUUGUGUUCAACAAUUUGACAACAAGAUCUUCAUUUUUCAUAGAUCGCCAAGUUAAUGACAGCAUACAGGUAGACUGGGGUGAAGCAACCAUGAUUCUGGCAGAAAGAAUUUUGCUUAAACAUGCACUAAUGGAUCCGUUUAAUGCUCGAUUUGUAUUUGUUUCAGACAGCUGCAUACCUCUGUACAACUUCACCUACACUUAUGACUAUAUAAUGUCCACGCCAACGAGCUUUGUAGACAGUUUUGCUGAUACAAAAGAGGGUCGUUACAACCCAAAGAUGCAUCCUUUUAUUCCUGUUCAGAAUUGGAGGAAAGGAUCUCAGUGGGUUGUUUUGAACAGAAAGCACGCAGAAACUGUAGUAAAAGAUGAUCUAGUCUUUCCAAUAUUUCAACUUCACUGUAAGAGGAAGUCAUUGCCUGAAUUUUGGCGAGACGUUCCCCUUCCUGCAGAUGGAUCCAAGGAGCAUAACUGUAUACCAGAUGAACAUUAUGUUCAAACAUUGCUUGCUCAAGAAGGUCUGGAGAAUGAAAUAACAAGAAGAAUGGUUACUCAAACAUCAUGGGAUAAUUCAUUUUCCAAAGAAGGUGAAAGGCGAGGAUGGCAUCCUUUGACAUAUAAAUUAACAGAUGCUAACCCCAAUCUUAUCAAGUCUAUAAAGGCUAUAGAUAACAUCUAUUAUCAGACUGAAUAUAGAAGAGAAUGGUGCACUAGCAAGGGCAAGCCCUCUCCUUGCUUUCUUUUUGCGAGAAAAUUCACUAGGCCUGCAGCCAUUCGUCUUCUCAACACGGUAAACACAGAUUAUUUCAACCUUUUAUUUUUGUUAUUUUGUUUUAAUCAAAACAAUUAAUUCUCUUUUGUUCUGUUUCUUCCAAUUUAUCCAGUCUGUGCUGAGGUUUUAACAAAGCCAAACGAUUGAACACAUGCACGCAAUCAAACGAUAGAUGGCUCUUGUCAUCAAGAGGAUUCUAGUUAAGUUUAAAAGACUAGCUUUAUAGAGAAAAUGUGUGUAACUAGUUCCAUCAAAUAAUCAAAAGGAAAUUUGUGUAAC